AUGUCCCGAAUUGAAGCACCGAUAGAAGAUCAUGCCUACGAAGUAGAAGCAGAAAGAGUAAGCGAUGAAGACAGGCACCCAGAGGAGAAUGAAGCAGGCGCCCCGGUACCCGAAAUCUUGGCUACAGAAGUACACGACAGCGGCAACAAUGAUAACCACGAAAUUAAUCCCCCAGUGCUCCCCGCGUUGGCACCUCAGCCCGUACAGGAUGACCCAGUUUUAUCGGAUGUUGAUGAAGCAUACGAUAGCGAAAGCAGUGCUGGCGUCGCAUCGCUCAUUGAUGAGGAGGACUCUUCCGAUGACGAAGGACCCCCAAGAGCUCCACUCAGUCCAAAUCUCGCGCAAAAUGUGUGGGUGAAGUACAGGCAGAGAAAGUAUCCAUUCGAGAAAGAAAUCGCGUUCAUGGACGAGGAGUGGUGGGCUUACCAUUGGUGCGAGAAACGGCCCAGUAUCCAAAAGCAAUGUGUGUUCUUCGGGCCUAAUUUCGAGGCGACAGAAUCUCACAUGAAGGACCUCGCCGUACUCUUGGGUGGAUCUGUGUUGACGAUGUUUGUCUUCAACGCCAAAUCUCUAUUUGAUUCAGGCGUCUCAGCACUGGCCAGAUUCAACCCCAAACUCGAAGAGCUUUCACUUUUGAACCCGUCCUUUGUUUCCGACAAAGGUCUAGCCCAUGUUGUCAACCACUGCCCGAACAUUCGCAAGAUUACGUUCGCAUGGUCUGAGGAUGGCAAUCCAGCAGGGAAUAGCUGGAUCACUCUUCGUAGUCCUGGGCUUCUUCAAGCGUUUCGAGACGAGAAAAAUGCCAGGAGGCUACGAUACUUGCACAUUUCGAAUGCUGUAUUCGAUCACAAGGGCGCCAAGUUACUCUCAAAGAUAAGACCGAAAUUACACAUCUUGGGUUGCUUGCGCACUUGGGAUUGGCAGAGUCAGGAAGUACAGACAGUGCAAGCUAUCUCGAACGGAGGGUUGGCAUACGGCUGGAAGUGUGGGAAGAGACUAGAUGCUAUGGAUUUCUGGAAUGAGGCAAGCACUGAGGAUCUGGCUGAUGGCCGUGAGAUAGAGGAUGACGACAUGAAGGCCGACGAAUUGGUGCAGUAUAAGAGAGAGUGCAUGGAGCAGGGUGUAAAGUACGUGCCGAUGUACUAG